AUGGAUGGCAUGCUUGAGAGGGUGCCACCCACUUACUUAGUAAUCAUACAGGCUGACUUCAACGCUCAUGUUGGGAAUGACAGAGAUACUUGGAGGGGUGUGAUUGGAAGGAAUGGCCUGGCAGAUCUAAACCAGAACGGUGAGAUGUUAUUGGAUUUCUCUACAUGUCCAAGCCAGAAUGAAAAGCUACAGGUUGAAGAUGCUCAUUAUUUAAGGAGAAAAGUAAAAGGAAGAACUAUAGAUGUCCAUCCAACUGAGAAGGCUCUUGUUGUUAACUAUGAAGUGGAAGCCACCAUACUUUGGGAGACAGGAGAUCCAAUGCUUGAGGAACGUAAAGAGAGUCAAAAGAUAAUCCGUCUCAAAAGCUUGAAUGCUAACACAGACAUUGCCUCUCUAGCAAAGAAGGUGGUGGAAGAGUGCAAACUAAUCCACCCCUCUAAAGUAGCUGAAGUUGAACACCUGUUAUAUUACCUACAAAAAAGACCAGAUACAAUUAGUAAGAAAGUGAAGAAAGAGGAGAAGCUUAGUCACCCCAAUGGACCACCUCCAUUUGAGGGUAUGGAGACUGAUGAGGUCGCCAGCAUCAAUGACAUGGAUGACUAUAUUGAUUUGCUGUAUGAGGACAAAGCAGAAAAAGUAAGAGGGUCUGCUCUAAUCCUGCAACUUGCACGAAACCCAGACAACCUUGAGGAACUGCUGCAGAACAAAACUGCACUAGGUGCCCUCGCCCGAGUUCUACGAGAAGACUGGCAGAAAAGUGUUGAGCUUUCCACAAAUAUCAUCUUUAUCUUUUUCUGCUUUUCAAGCUUUUCGCAGUUUCAUGAUUUGCUCACACACUACAAAAUAGGCGCAUUGUGCACAAUCAUCAUUGAUCAUGAACUCAAAAGGUAUGACUUGUGGCAGGAAGAGUUACUGAAAAAGAAAAAAGCCAUUGAAGAUGAACUGUCCAAUCAAAGUUUAAAAAAAGAGUAUAAGAAGACAUAUAAGAAGUAUCAAGGGCUUGUAGCAAGGCAGGAACAGUUGUUACGAGUUGCUUUUUAUCUGCUUUUGAACUUGGCUGAAGUUCCUCGCACUGAGCUAAAGAUGAGGAACAAAAAAAUUGUACCCAUGUUGGUCAAAACUCUAGAGAGGAAUAAUGUAGAACUUCUCAUCCUUGUGGUUGCCUUCCUAAAGAAGCUCAGUAUUUUUAUGGAGAACAAAAAUGAUAUGUCAGAAAUGGACAUCAUUAAGAAAUUGGAAAAACUGAUUCCAUAUGACAAUGAGGACUUGCUGAAUAUUAGCCUUCGUCUCCUCCUCAAUCUAUCAUUUGACACCGGUCUACGAAGCAGGAUGGUACAAGUUGGCUUACUUCCAAAACUGACUGCACUUGUAACCAAUGAAAACCACAAACAGGUAACAUUGUGUAUACUUUAUCACAUCAGCAUGGAUGAUCAAUUUAAACUUAUGUUUGCCUAUGCCAAUUGCAUUCCACAGUUUAUGAAUAUGUUAUCUGAGUGUGUUGAAGAACAGAUUGACUUAGAACUAAUUUCACUUUUUAUCAACCUAGCAGCCAACAAAAGAAAUGCUCAAUUAAUUUGUGAAGGCAGUGGCCUUGAGACACUUCUGAAAAGAGCUUUGAAGUGUAAAGAUCCACUUUUAAUGAAAAUGAUACGAAAUAUUUCUCAGCACGACAAUGCAACUAAAUAUUUGUUCACAGAGUACAUUGGAGAUCUGGCAGCUCAAAUUAGAUAUGGGGAGGAAGAGGAGUUUCUGAUUGAAUGCUUGGGGACUUUGGCUAAUCUCACAAUUUCAGAAAUGAAUUGGGAACUUGUCUUGACAAAGUACAACUUGGUUCCAUUCUUCAAAGAUCAUCUCAAACCAGGCCUUGCUGAGGAUGACCUGAUUCUAGAAGUGGUGAUAAUGAUUGGAACUGUGUCACUGGAUCCAUGCUGUGCUUCAAUGCUUGCCAAAUCGGGUAUCAUUCCAGCUCUCAUUGAAUUACUGAAUGCUCAGCAAGAGGAUGAUGAGUUUGUCUGUCAGAUUGUCUAUGUUUUCUACCAGAUGGUCUUUCAUCAAGAAACAAGAGAUGUGAUCAUUCAGGAGACCCAAGUUCCAGCCUACCUCAUUGAUCUGAUGCAUGACAAGAAUUCUGAAGUGAGAAAAGUUUGUGACAAUACCUUGGAGAUAAUAGCAGAGCAUGAUGAAGAAUGGGGAAAAAAGAUCCAGAGUGAAAAGUUCCGCUGGCACAACUCUCAAUGGUUGAUGAUGGUGGAAAACCAACAAAUGGAUGAGAUGGAGCCUUAUUUGUAUGGAGAGGAUGAUGAUGACAUUGAGCCCUUCAUUCAUGGAGAAGACAUACUGGAAAGGCCAGAUAUAUUUUAUACUGCUGAUGAAAUGAUUCCAUCUGAAGGAACCAAAAGUCCAAAUUCCUUUAACAAUUAUUGUGCAGAAUGGAAAUAUGGUGGGAGCAACAUUCCCUUACUGGAAGCCUUGGAAUGGAUAGAGUUGGUCGGCCAACAGCAGUUCCUUAAUGCUGAGCCACAGCAAAUGUCCACAGACCCAAUAAGCCUUUAUACGUUAGAAAUGGUGGCAGAGAAGUUGAUGAACCAGGAAGCCUACAGACCAUUUACGCCCCACUGAGAGGAAAUAGAACCAUGGACUUGCAUCACAUAACUAGGCCAGUAUCCAUCUACUUAAGCAUGCUAGUGGAUGCUUUGCCAUUCAGUGAUUUUUGUUUAAAGCUGUGCUGACUAUUAAGGUGUGUAAAGGGGGAAUUUUGAAGGAAUGGACAGAACCUAGCUAUUGUGCAAAAAUACUUUUUCACUAUUUAAGAGAGGUGGGUCAAAUCCAAGAAGAGGAUAAAUGAUCAAGAUGUGUAUACCAAGCUUGAUUUCAAGAUUUACACCCAAGACAGGGUUUCAAAGUUAGAGGUAUGCAAAAUGACUUGGAAGUAACCAUCUAAACAACAAUAAGCACUUGUAUGUAUCUAACAUAAAGUUCACUUGAUGCUACAGCAUAUUAGAAAUGCAGUCCAGAUGUAUUUUUUUGUAAGUUCAUAAUUGAAAAUCACAGCUUUGUGAUCAAAAUCUAAUUCCCAUAUACCAGCCUGGUUACCACUGUAACAAUAUUUGGGACAAUUUGACCCAAUAAUUAAGUAAAUAAAACCACUGAAUGUUGACUGCAGAGGGAAUAAUAUCUAUGGUACCUAUUAGUUAUUUAACUGUUUUGUAUUUUGCGGCUCCCUCUGGAGCUUGAAUUUGAUCCAUUUGAGGAUCAACUCCAGUUAGAUCAUAAGAGUCGUGUGUGUGUGGCAAGAAACAAACAAACCCCAAAACACUUUUACCUUCAUCCCUGCCUCCUCAGCUUAAUGCUCCACAAUACUGCAGUGACAGAAACCAUGGAAUGGCUUUUAGAGGCAAGAUAAACAGAUUAGGAAGUCUAACUAGAUCUACAUCUAACUAGACUAGAUAUAACUAGGUGGAGUUUUAGUGCCUUCUUGUGUUGUGUCCUCUUGUCUAAUGUAUUUGACCAUUUAGUUUGAGUUCUGAAUUUUACUCCUGUGUAGUGAUUUUGUUAUAUGGUGUUUUUAUGCAAUUACUCUUUUUCACUGCCUGUUGUCUAACCUUCCUUUCAAUUUUGUCUAUUCAAAUAAAACAUUUUCUUAACCUGUUAGCAUGUCAUCUGGAUCUACAGUCACUCUGUCACCAUUAUGCUGCUUGAUCACACCAUCAGAUGUCUUCGCCUAUUCGGUGUAAGCCAAAAUACAAAAUGGGAGAGUGGAAGUCCUGUUAGCAGGCAGUGCAAGAUACAGUGUGGUUGUAGAUUCAGUUGAAAGUGGUAGAAGGAAAUUGCAUCGUGUGGUAAAAGAAACUCCUCAUUACAAAAUGACAUUUAUUUAAACUUUAAUUCUCAUCAUACUCUUCUUGAUAAAAAGAGCUCACCAUUACUUCCGUCUAGAUGUUUAUCACUGUUUCCUUAGAUUUUCCUUCUGACAUGACAACCAUCAGUGCUAUCUGCCUAUAAUUAUUUGUUAUUUAGUAUUGUGCUUUUAGUUUCUCAAUAGCAUUUAUCUAUACCUACAGAAUAUUUAUGUUGAUUAUAUUGUGGGUACAUAUUAUAUGCAUUAUUGUUUAAAAUUACUUUUGUUACCCAUAGUUAUUCCUUGUUCUCACAUUACAUUGUUCUAUUAUUUUUGUAUUUUUUAUUUUAACGAGGAGCAGUUUUCU